GUCUGAGACUUCGACGAGACCAGUCACUCUUUGUUCUAUUCACGUUCUUUACCACGUUCCUUUGAGGACACCACAUUCAUUACCAACACAACAAAGCAAACCAGAUCACCAAAUUUAGCCACUCACAUCAAAAACCCUCGUCGAAUCCACUCAACUUAACACCAAAAAAACAACUUCAAAAUGCACGCCUACGCUACUCUCGGUAUGCUUGCCCUCGCGGGCUCUGCCAUGGCUGCCCCCAAGCCUCACUUCGGUGGCCACGGAGGCAACCCACACAUCGUCUGGGAGACGGCUGUUGUCACCGUCAUCGUUGGCCCUGACGGUCAGCCCAUCGACGCAGCUGCCCCCACGCCCGCCCCGGAGCCCUCGCAGGGAUACGUACCCGCUCCCGCUGAGCCCACCACCGUCGUGGUCGAGUCUCCUCCCCAGUCCUACCAGGUUCCCGAGCAACCAUCUCCUACCCCAUCUCCCGAGCCCUACACUCCUGCUCCCUCUCCUUCUCCUACUCCGGAGCCCAGCAACCCCCCGUCUUCCGGCGGUGGUUACAUCGACAUUGCCAACCAGUGGCGCGCCAAGUUGGGUCUCCCCGCCUACGAGCAGGACGAGACUCUCCAGAACAACGCCUUGAAGACCUGCAACGAUGGCAACGGUGAGAUGGUCCACGAGCUCAACCCCGGAACUUUCGGUCAGACCCUCGCCCCCGGACAGCCCGACGAGUUCGAGCACGUCUUCGUUGGUGCCUGGCUCUGCGAGAGGCCCGACCUUCCCGGCCUCAACGGCAUCUGCGACACCAUGUCGCAGGGCUGGGCCUACGGCGGUCAGACCGGCCACGCCGACAUCAUCACUGGCGACUACAAGAAGAUCGGAUGCGCCAACGCCAAGGGCAUCUGGGGCUGCGACUACGCCUAAGCGCGUCGUCUCGAUUCUCUCUAGGUACAGCAGAAAGAUCGGUCGGGUUACCGCUGGAAGUCAAAAGCUGGGUGUGGGCGGGCGUCGAUGCGCCAAUUCUUGUUCUUGUCAGUACGUUGAUUGUACGAUUCUUGAUUUUAGACGGCUAGUCGCUGCAAUUGAUGCGUUUAUCUCAUGGCUGAA